GCACUGGCAACACUUCUAAUUUUAUUUUGAUAACACGUCAGCUGGUGUGCAAAAGUGGCAAAAGGUUUAAAUUAAAUUAAAUACAAAAUUGUGCGGCAAAAUGCCUACAAGUGUGCAUAAAUAUAGCAUUUUGCUGCCCACAUACAAUGAGAAAGAAAACUUACCGAUUAUAGUAUGGCUUAUUGUUAAAUACCUUAGUGAAAGUGGCUACAAAUAUGAGGUAAUUGUAAUAGACGACGGCAGUCCUGACGGAACCUUGGAUGUUGCUAAAGAUCUACAGAAAAUCUAUGGUGAAGAGACAAUAGUGCUCCGGCCGCGUGCAUCGAAAUUGGGUCUUGGUACAGCGUACAUACACGGCAUCAAGCAUGCGACUGGAGAUUUUAUUAUUAUAAUGGAUGCUGAUUUGAGUCAUCAUCCCAAAUUUAUACCCAAGUUCAUUGAGCUUCAGACAAAAGAAGAUUACGAUAUAGUCUCAGGUACACGAUAUAGCGGCGAUGGUGGUGUAUUUGGUUGGGACUUUAAGCGCAAGCUCAUUUCUCGUGGUGCGAAUUUCCUGUCGCAAAUUUUGUUACGCCCAAAUGCUUCUGAUCUGACGGGUUCAUUCCGAUUAUACAAAAAGCAUGUUCUCGAGAAAUGUAUUGCCAGUUGUGUGUCGAAAGGAUAUGUCUUCCAAAUGGAAAUGUUGGUACGUGCACGCCAGCAUGGCUUCAGCAUUGGUGAGGUGCCCAUAACUUUUGUGGACCGUGUGUAUGGCACUUCCAAGCUGGGUGGAACGGAAAUUAUACAGUUUGCGAAAAAUCUAUUAUACUUAUUUGCUACAACUUAGUUAAUUAAUUAGGCGAUAUAUUUAAAAAAUAAAGUAAUAACUAAGAGGAAAACUUUCAAAUUGCAUUUA